AUGAAACCAGUUUUAAAUUGGUCGCAGUGAAAUCCUAACUGAAUACGCAGCCUAGAUUGAUUUAUUAUUAGAAAAAAUGAAGAUUCAAAUGAAUUAAUUGGCGCAAUUCAAGGACCAACUAAUACUCCAUACGAAGGAGGAAUUUUUUAUUUUUCAAUCACAAUUUUUGGUAAGUACUUUCUGCCAGAAUUUAAUUUCUAA